AAAUUAACACGAACUCGAGUAAUUAAAUUAAAUAAGUGCGUUAUUUAUAUCUAAAAUCUCAAGAAAAGUGAAUUUUAAUAAAAACUUUAAUCACUUUAAGUGAUAAGACCAUGCGUACUGGUUUCCGGUCGACGACUGUUUAAAUUCAUAACUCACUCGUAUGCGUGUGAAAGAAAGCUGGUUAUUGGUCUCGUUGUAGGUCAAUGAUGUACCGGUAGCGUCGGGAUUGCUUACGUAGAAACGACCAGACGGGUCUCCAGCGGAGUGUGGCGGGGCGCAUCAGUCCGCGUCAGUUACCGUGCGGUUAACACGUCCCUACUUAACUUGCCGAUUCACGCGUAACAGCGCGUUUCCUAGUAACCUUGAUCGUGAAAGUUAUCGCGUAAACAGCAACCAUGGGUGGCCGAGUUGAGAACGUUGGCAUUCUGGCUAUGGAAUUGUACUUCCCGUCACAGUACGUCGAUCAGAACGAGUUGGAGAAAUUCGAUGAAGUGUCCACGGGAAAAUACACGAUCGGGCUCGGCCAGAGCAAGAUGGGAUUCUGCAGCGACCGGGAAGACAUCAACUCCAUCUGCCUCACAGCACUCCACAGGCUGAUAGAGAAGAAUAACUUAGAUUUACAUGAUAUAGGACGCCUGGAGGUCGGUACUGAGACUAUUAUUGAUAAAAGUAAAAGUGUCAAAACUUUCCUCAUGACCUUGUUUACAAAAGUAGGUGCCACAGAUAUUGAAGGGAUUGAUACUACUAAUGCCUGCUAUGGAGGCACUGCUGCUCUCUUCAAUGCAAUCAAUUGGAUAGAAUCAUCAUCAUGGGAUGGCAGAAAGGCUAUAGUGGUGGCUGGAGACAUUGCAGUGUAUGGCAGGGGUCCUGCCAGGCCCACAGGAGGUGCUGGCGCCGUAGCCAUGCUGGUCGGACCAAAUGCACCUUUAGUCUUUGACAGAGGAGUACGAGCUUCAUACAUGACACAUGCAUACGACUUUUACAAGCCAGAUCUAGCAUCAGAAUUCCCAUUGGUUGAUGGUAAACUAUCAAUCAAGUGCUACCUCAGUGCUUUAGAUAAUUGUUACAACUUAUUUUCAAAGAAAAUGAGGAGAACUGAUCCAAGCUUUAAAGGAUUGCUGAGUUUAGACGGUAUGCUAUUCCACUCACCGUAUUGCAAAUUGGUGCAGAAGUCAUUAGCACGAGUUUGUUUUAAUGAUUUUUUGAAUUUGUCUCCUGAAGAACGUGAGAAGCAAUUUCCAGGAUUGUCUAAGUUUAGCAACUAUAAGUUAGAAGAGACAUACUUUGACAGAGAUGUGGAGAAAGCCUUCAUGACAUACAGUGAAACAUUAUUUAAUGAAAAGACAAAACCAUCAUUACAUAUAGCAAGAAAUGUAGGUAAUAUGUACACGCCGUCAUUGUACGGAGGACUUUUAUCGUACCUUAUUAGUAAAUCUCCAGAUCAGUUAGUGGGGAAGAAGUUUGCUUUGUUCUCUUAUGGAUCUGGCCUGGCUUCGACGAUGUACUCCAUAAAUAUAUGCAACGAUAUGAGCGCUGGUUCAAAAUUAGCAACAUUAAUCAGUUCCUUGCAUGACACUGUUUCGAUGUUGGAUAAGAGAGAGUGUGUUGAUCCUCAAAUAUUUACGGAUAUCAUGGAUGUGAGAACAAAGAAUUACCAUACCGCACCAUACCAGCCAUCAGGGUCCAUAGAUAUCUUAUUCCCCGGUACAUACUACCUCGUUGACAUUGAUGACCAAAGAAGACGUACUUAUGAACGUAAAGUUUAAGUUAUCUUAGUUUAGUAUAAUUGAGUUGGGUGUAGAUAUUGACAUGGUGUUGGAGAAAUGAUUGACUUCUGUGUAAUUAGAAUAGUUCAUUUGAAGGAUAUACAAUUUUAAUGAUUUAUUUGUGCAAAAUGUGUUUGUUUGUUAAUUUGGUAUAAUUAAUAACAAGUUUCUUGGUAAUUCCAGUUUUCUAAUAGACCACAAAUAAGAUUACAUAAUGUCUCUAAAACAAUUACAUGAUGUUGAUGUCAUAGAACCCUAAUUAUUUUUAUAUAAU